AUGCUACGGCGUCCGCGGGAGCCGAAGCGCACUCGCAAAGCCCGAAAGCGCGGAACGCUUCGAGGAUCGCCUAAUGUUGUCGUAAAAAGCAAUCUCUUCUCAACGCGUGCUCCGCAGACUGGAUGCUCCGAGCAAACCAAGGAAAAGUUCUGGAGCCUGCUCGAUGGAAAAACAGCUGAAGUACCGUUACAAGAAGCCAUUGUUGCCGCCGGUGACCUCAACGUUCACGAGGGUGCUACGAAAGACUGUUAUAGCUGUCAUGGUGGUUUUGGAUAUGGGUCACGUAACAAUGAUGGCGAGCGAAUUCUAGAACAUGCAGAAUCGCAUUAUCUCGCCAUCUCAAGAAAGUAA